AUGUCAAUAACAGACGACAAUCAGCCAACAUACAGACCAGUGGCAGCUAUUGCAGUCAUAAGAAAGUCCAUAUCAGAAGCUAAUUCUAAACAACCUGAUGUUCAUGACAUUUCCAGAAAACCACACGACACACUCUACUUGUUGGUAAAGAAACCACGUACAGAAAAUGCUUGGCAAUUCCCACAAGGAGGUAUCAAGUAUAAAAAACGAGAAACCUUGACAAAAGCUGCAUUAAGAGAAUUAGCAGAGGAAUGUGGUAGUGAUUUACAAGUGAACAUGUUGGAUCAUAACGAGCCAUUCUGUAUAUAUCAAUAUGAUUUUCCUCAAGAUUUUGUUCAAAAAAAAAAUAGACACUUUAAAGGUGCUAGAGUUCAGUUUGUAAGAGCCGAAUGGCUGUCGGGUCAAUGUCUGCCUGACGGGAAAGAAAUUGUGGAUUUUGCUUGGUUAACGCGUGAGGAGAUCCCGUCUUUUGUAUCUGCUGAUUAUUUAAAAGGCAUUAUGCAAAUCUUGGAGCCUUUGUAA